AUGGCAUUUCUUGGAGAAGCUGUUGUAGGAAAAAUUUGUGAGAUGGCCGUGGAGAUGGCCGUCCAGAAAUUAACUGAUGAGGCAAAGCUACUACUGGAAUUCAGCAAUGAUUUCUCGUGGUUAAACGAUAAUCUCACAAAUGUAAGGGGUUUUCUGCAAGAUGCUGAUCAACAGUCUCCACAUAAUGAGGGCAUAAAGCAAUGGCUGGAGAAGGUUCGCGUUAUUUCCUUGCUUGCAGAAGACAUCUGUGAGGAAUGCGCUACAGAAUCUAUGUAUGGAAAUGAUGCUCAAGCUUGUAGUCCGAGUUAUAAUCAAUGGAUUUUUCGCUAUAGGAUAGGGCGGAAAAUCAGGGACAUCAAGGAGCCCAUGAGAUAUAUUAUUGAAGAUGUCAACAAGCUGAAGCUAUUGCGUGAAGUUUUUCCUGCGAGUGAUGUAUCGCCCAGUACAUCUCAUAGUGUAGAGCGCAAGAAAUCUUAUCUUCUGCCGAGUUUACACUCAGUGGGAAUAGAGUCCAAAGUUGAUGACAUGCUCAGAUUGCUGGACAACAAUGCCUCUCCAGUUAUUGCGGUCGUUGGGAUGGGGGGCAUAGGCAAGUCCUAUCUUCUUCAGCAUGUUUUCAACAACGUAAAAGAAAGGUAUGAUAAAUCCAUAUGGCUUUCAUUUUCUCAGUCUUAUUCUAUUUCCACGUUGCAAUGCGACAUAGCUUCCCACUUAGCUUUAGGACAGCAAAUCAGAAGCGAGGGAAUAUCUCAUGAGAGAGCAGCAGAGUUGAUUCAUGAAAAUCUGAAAGGAAAGAGAUAUCUUGCGGUGCUAGAUGAUCUGUGGGAGGCAAGGGAAGAUUUAUUAUGUAAGCUUGGCCUCUUAACUGGAGACAAUGGGCAUAGCAAAAUUCUGGUUAGCACAAGAAACAAAGAGGUUUGCACAAUUCUGGAUGCUCAUAUGUACGAGAUGCAAUGUUUGUCGGAGAAAGAGACUUGGAGCCUAUUUUGCUUCUAUGCGUUUAAGGGAAAUAAAGUGCCAAAUCAUCAGCUUGAAGAAGUUGGCCGUGACAUUUUAAAGCAGUGUGGAAAUUUGCCGCUAGCUAUCAAAAUGGUAGCUGCAUCUCUGCCGAAGACCACGAUGCCAAGGGACUGGGAGCCCAAGCUCCAUCGGCUUAAAGAGGUAGUUGUUACCGAUGAUGAUCAGAUCAUGCCUAUUCUCAGACUAAGUUAUUUCUCAUUGCCUGCACGUCUUAAAGCGUGCUUUGCUUAUCUUUCUUUCUUUCCCAAGGCUGAGCAGAUAAAUUGCGAGUAUCUAGUAUAUCUCUGGAUUGGGGAAGGAUUUAUUCCAGCAGGAGAGAACCAGUGGGACGCGGCAUGGGAUUGUAUAAAUAAGCUUGCCAAUCUCUGUUUGCUUCAAGUAUGGGAACAAUAUGAGGAUAGACAAGGUUUUAGACUAACCAAUUAUUGUAGAACUCACGAUUUGUUGCAUGAUUUGGCCAUAACCAUAUCAAAAGAAAAUAAGUGUAUUUUUUCAGUUGACGAAGCCUGUAAAGGUGAAAAUGGUGACUGCUGUCGGAUUUUGCUGGGCAUGAAAGAUGUAAAUGACACUCAAAUAUCAGAGAGGCGUCCUGUUUGGCUCCGCGCCCUUUCAUUGUCUCAAAAUUCGAAGAUUACAUGCAUUCCAGGAAACAUUUUUACCGCUAUGAGAGGACUGCGUGUUCUCGAAUUGAGCGGGACGGGCAUCUCUACAUUGCCUCAAAGCCUUCGAAAGAUGAAACUUCUAAAAGUCUUGAAUUUAAAUGAUACAAAAAUUGAGAAGGUACCAGAAUGUGUGAGACACCUGAAAAGUCUCUUGUUUCUAGCUUUGCCUCAAAGAUGUAAUAAAUUACCAGUAUGGAUAAAUGAAGUUAAAUGUCUUCAGCAUUUAGACUGCAAAGGUGUUGCACGCAUGCCAAAAGGAAUAUCAAAGCUGAUCGCUUUAAGAACACUGCGAUCACACUGGUUGGACCUUUCUAGUGAAGACGACAGAUUCAUGAGACCAGAGGAUUUUGUGAAUAUCACUCAGCUUCAGGAACUAUGCUUAGAUGUUAUCAAGGAUAUGGAUUCAAGGAUAGAAGGAGGGAUACUUGCAUUACUGGUAAAGAUGCUUCGUCUGACAAUUCGUAACAGCACUGCAAAAGAUUUGAAGCUUCCCAAGAAAAUGAUGGCAAUGAAAGAUCUGGAAAGUCUUGUAGUAUUGAAGUUUGCAGUAGAAAGUUGGAUUUGUGAUAUGGCAAAUCUGAGGGAACUCGAGUUAAUGUGUUGUGGUGAUAGUCAUUAUCUGGAGUUGCAAACAAUGCCCAACCUAGUGAGGUUGGAGUUGUCGGGAAAUCACAACUGCAAAGAACUGCCAAAGGCUUUUGGCCAACACGGAGGGUUUAUGCACCUGCGCUUCUUCAAAAUUGAUUGGUUCAAUGAAUUAGAGGAGUUUCCCGAAUUGGAGGAGGGGUCGAUGACAUGUCUUGAGGAGUUUUAUUUAUGUAAUUGUAGGAAAGUCAAAAAAGUGGGAGUGGGAUUGGAGAGGUUAAAAUGUUUGAAGCUCCUCUAUUAUAAAAAUUCAGAUAAAUUAGAGGAGAUGUUUAAAGUAGGUGGAGAAUACUGGAAUAAAAUCAAAGUCAUAAAUCCUCGUGUAAUAAUUAUGUCAUAA